GAUUAGAAGUGGUUUACGAGAGGAAAAAUCCUUUUUGGUACACGAGUGCUACGUGUUACGUGCGUUAAAUUAAUGUUUUCUAAAAAGGACUUAUCUCCAAGUAUUCCCUCAUUGGGUUCAAUUUCUCAGAGCCGAAUUUUCCAAAGAAGGGCAAACUCUAAAGAUGAUCUUUCGGAAUAUCGUAAUUUUCAAGAUAUCGACUACGACUUUAUCGAGGAACCCUAUUCGCAAAACCAACACCAUGGCAUGUUACGCACUACGACAUACGACACAGUCACUUCCACCAUGUCCCUGGACAACAUGCUGUGCGCCCGUUGCAGCGACGGUUUCGAGCCCCACGAAAAAAUCGUUAAUUCGACCGGCCAACUGUGGCACCAACAAUGUUUCGUUUGRGCCCAAUGCUUCCAAGAGUUCGAAGACGGCAUUUUCUACGAAUACGACGACCGCAAAUACUGCGAGAGAGAUUUCCAAAUUCUCUUUGCUCCAUGUUGUGGCAAAUGCAACAAUUUUAUCAUCGGACGGGUCAUCAAGGCGAUGAAUGCCAGUUGGCAUCCGGAAUGUUUCCGUUGCGAGAUGUGCGAGACGGAAUUGGCCGACACCGGAUUUAUUAAAAAUGCCGGACGAGCGCUGUGUCACGAGUGCAAUGCUAAAGUUAAAGCCAUAGGGUCGGGGAAACACGUCUGCCACAAGUGCCAGUAAGCGAAUCUUCCUAUAGUAGGCUGAGACCUCGAAAUUGAGUUGGCAACGUUGAAUAAUGUAAUUGUGACUGUUGGCACCACUUGGCGUUUAUUAAGUUUGUGACGUUUGUAUUUGAUGAUCAGUGUUGCCAAAUUAUUGGCAACAUUGAAUAAUGUCGAUUGUCUAUAAUCCAUUUCAUUUAAAUUGGCAUAACAGUAGGCCAUGAUUGUGUAAACUGCGCUUUAAAUGUGAAAAAGGCUUUACAUAUUAAGGAACUAAAUUUGUGAAAAGUGAGGUGAAGAUAGUUAAAAUUUUAUUUUUCAAGAACCCUCUUUCAAAGGUUUUCAGAGAGAGUUUUUCUCCAUAAAAAGUUUCAUCCCUUUGUAGAUGUAGUUUUGACACCAAAAACAUACACUAUUUGCUUUGUAGAAAAUACAGACUUUCGUUGAUAAUAAGUGGCUUUCAGGAAUUUUAAAAGACGUUUUAUUCACACCGGAGAUGAAACACAAUUUAUUUUCCGUGAAAGUUGCAGCCAAAAGGGGUUUGGAUUUUGUCUUUAAAAAUGUAGGACAAAAUUGUGAAUUUUUAAACAAUGGUAAAGUUGUUGCGAUCGGAGUGAAAAAAGGAAAUCUGUACAAAAUGAAGCUUCGCGUACUGAAGCCUGAAAAAUCGUGUUUUGCCGUGGAUAAAAUAAUUUGGCUUAAUUCAAAUUGGUAUAUUUGAUUCCAUUAACCUAAAAUGCCUAAAACAGGAACAAAAAGAAAUUGAUUAUGUUUUCAAACAUACCUUAGCGUGUACUUUAAAUCUGGGGUUCUGAAGAGAACUACUUUUAAUUAUAAUUUGAAAAAAUAGUAGGAAUAACGAACAACCAACGAAAACAGUGAAAAAACGAAUACAAAUGUCAGUCAUGUCAGUUAAGUAAACCAUGUAGGUAAGUGAUCAAAGAAAAACAAAAACCCCAUCAGCUGUUAUAUCAGGGACAUGCACAGGUCUACAAACUUAAAUACGAAAUUCCAUAGCCGCCUAUUAUGCCAAUUUCAAUGAAAUAUACUUUAUAGUUCGUUUUUUUAUAAACAGUUAUCCAAGUGUUGUCAAGUUGGUGUCAGCGUCAUAUGGUGAAUUUUACAUAUUAAAAUUGUCAGCAUUGCUUCUCAAUCACAUUUAAAUAUAUCGCAAGUCACACAUGACGGUAUUUUUGACAUAUAACAUAACCUCAGUGUUGACAGAACAAAAACAUAGAAUCCACCAGAU